AUGUCGCUGGCGGUGAAGGCCGGCAUGGCCAAGAGACCUGCAACUGCACUGCAGCGACUGGGUCGGCUCCGUGCCCCGUCUGGACACUUCAUCCCGGAGAGCCACCUGAACGAAUUGGCCAGGAUGCUAGACUGCACCUCAGCCGUGAGUGGCUUCCGAGUCAGGCGGAUCGGCAUCAAUGAUUCCGUCUGGUUGGUCACGUGCCCUGCCAAUCCGGAGGGCUGGAUGAUCAAAAAGGUCCCGGCGCACCGGCGCUAUUCGGGCGUGCCCACAGACGUAGAAAACUGCGAUGCGCCGUGGAGCUCAGUGGUUGCGAGCUCAUCCGGAAGUUCCCGGGCAUCGUGGACGAUCAAAGGCCUGGCCACUCUUCUCGAAGGUCCAAAAGCAGAUGUGAAGGCGGCAGUGGGUAGUUGUCGGGACGCCUAA